GAAUCCCAACAUACUUGAAAAAAAAUAGCAUAUAAUAAAAUGGAGAACGACAAUGAACGACCAUUGAUUAUCUCUUCCAGAACAGUACAAGAUGAAUCUCAAAACACCUUCAACAAAGCCGGCGACGCUCUUCCGAUCGACGGCGCCGGCGAAUUCUUCAAACAAUUUUGCUUUGAAUCAAAGAAGCUCUGGUACUUAGCAGGCCCCGCCGUAUUCACUUCCAUAUGCCGUUACUCCCUCGGCGCCGUCACCCAACUCUUUGCCGGCCACGUCAGCACCCUCGCCCUCGCCGCUGUCUCCGUUGAGAACUCCGUCAUAGCCGGUUUUUCCUUCGGCGUCAUGCUUGGCAUGGGAAGCGCCCUGGAAACCCUAUGCGGGCAAGCUUACGGGGCGGGUCAGGUUGAUAUGUUGGGCGUGUAUCUACAAAGGUCUUGGGUUAUUCUCUUAACCACGGGAGCUUUCUUAAGCUCUAUAUACGUAUUUGCUGGGAAACUUUUGAGACUGAUUGGCCAGACGGAGGAGAUUUCAGAGGCGGCCGGGAGGUUCGCCGUUUGGAUGAUACCUCAGCUAUUCGCUUACGCUAUGAACUUUCCCAUAGCGAAGUUCUUACAGGCGCAGAGCAAGAUCAUGGUCAUGGCGGCCAUAGCUGCAGCUGCUCUGGUUCUUCACACGUUUUUUAGUUGGCUUCUCAUGCUGAAGCUUGGCUGGGGACUAGUUGGCGCCGCCGUGGUGUUGAACUUGUCGUGGUGGUUCAUAGUGGUGGUUCAGAUGGUUUAUGUGUUUAGUGGGAGUUGUGGUCGAGCUUGGUCCGGGUUUUCAUGGCUGGCUUUUCAGAAUAUAUGGGGCUUUGUAAGGUUGUCCCUCGCAUCGGCGGUCAUGCUCUGCUUGGAAGUGUGGUACUUUAUGGCACUCAUUCUAUUUGCCGGAUAUCUAAAGAAUGCAAAAGUUUCAGUCGAUGCCCUAUCAAUAUGCAUGAAUAUACUAGGAUGGACCAUUAUGGUAGCAUUUGGCUUUAACGCAGCAAUAAGUGUGAGAGUGUCAAAUGAGCUAGGAGCUGCUCAUCCAAGAAGAGCAAAAAUGUCGAUGGUUGUGGCAGUAGUAACUUCGUUUAUGUUUGGAUUGGUGCUAUCGCUAAUUUUGAUACUCACACGUAAUCAAUAUCCUUCUCUAUUUUCAACCGAUACUGACGUUAAAGCUCUUGUGAAGCAACUCACUCCCGUGUUAGCAACUUGCAUUGUCAUUAACGACGUUCAACCUGUUUUAUCUGGAGUUGCAAUUGGAGCUGGGUGGCAAGCAGUUGUGGCAUAUGUGAACGUUGCUAGUUACUAUAUUUUUGGAAUCCCAUUGGGCCUCUUAUUGGGCUACAAGCUCGACAUGGGUGUGAGGGGAAUUUGGUAUGGGAUGCUGUCUGGGACAGUGCUCCAAACUUGUAUUCUCUUUUGGAUGGUUUACAAAACCAAUUGGAACACAGAGGCUUCUAAAGCUGAAAACAGGAUAAAGAGAUGGGGAGGAGGCCAUUCUGAAUCAGAUGAUGUUGAAAAAUAAAAGUCAACACACCAGUGGUUUAACCUCAAUGCAAAUUUUGAUUUUUUUUUAGGUAUUAAAAUUAAAUGAUUUAAUUGAUUAGUACCAUGUUUUAUGUUAGUGAGACAUCGGUUUCGUUGAUUAAAAAAACCAUUGUCAAAGUCUAAUGUUUGGUGGCAGUGGGCGAGAGCAUUAUGUGACUUAUUUUUAUAGGGAUUUGGUGUGACUUGUUUUAUAGGGUUUUGAUGCAAAAUGAUUCUUAAUAGUGUGUGAAAGUAAGUAAAUAUUUAUUUUUUUUAA